AAUAAUAAAAUGGGGUGGGUGUGGCUAUAAAGAUGGUGAUGCACCAACAUUAAAAUCUCUCCUUUUCUUCAUUCUUCUUUUUUUCUGAAAUUAAUCAUGGGCAACUGCCAAGCUGUUGAUAACGCAAGCCUAGUAAUCCAACACCCAAAUGGCAGAGUUGAUAAGCACUACUUCCCUGUUUCCGCCGCAGAAAUCAUGAAGAUCAACCCCGGCCACUACGUCGCCCUCCUCCUCCUCACCACCACCCUCUACUCCUCCAAACAACCCUCUCAAGCCACCACUACCAACGCCCCUCUCCGUGUUACUCGGAUCAAACUUCUUAGGCCUACUGAUACUCUCCUUCUUGGCCAUGUUUACCGUCUUGUCACCUCCCAAGAGGUGAUGAAAGGGUUGUGGGCAAAGAAGCAAGCAAAGAUGAAAAAUGGAAAUGUAACAGAAAAAAAUACUUCUAGUUCAGAUUGUGAAGCUUUGGCAAAGAAAAAAGAUGAUGUGAAGAAGAAGAAUAAUCAGGAAAGGCAGAGGUCAAGAAGUAAAACACAAGUUAACUCUGCCACAUCCAAGUCCAGAGCAUGGCAACCAGCAUUAAAGAGCAUCUCUGAGGCUGGAACCUGAUUCUUCUUUUUUUAUUUUUUUAUUAAUCUUUUCUGAACAUGUACUCCUAUUAAUUAGAUUGAGAUUUCUGCAAAAUACUUUAAGUGUAGAAAAAAUAUUUGUGAAAAGGGCAUCUCAAUCUGAACAUGGGAGUUACAUUAGAAUAUGUUCACUGUUCUGCAACAAGAAAAACACUCAAACUUGCACUUCUUAA